AUGGCUUUCUCGAUAGAGGACAGUGCUGCGCUGGCAAUCUGCUUUCUGGCGUUACUUGCACUCUCCAGACGAACGGCGUCCUCCCACAGAAAGAACCUCCCUCCUGGUCCUACUCCGAUUCCUUUUCUCAGAAAUGUAUUUGAUAUCAAGGCCGAUGUACCUUGGGUUUCAUACGCCACGAUGCAGAAAACUUAUGGUGAUAUCAUAUAUACCCGCGCCUUGACCAUGGAGAUUAUUGUUUUAAAUUCCGAUGAAGUCGCAGACGAAUUACUUGAAAAACAAUCUCGGAUCUACUUUGACCGACCAUACCGUAGCCACGAGCGACCUGUGCGUACUAUGAAAUCAAUUUUCGGCUGGGAAUGGGUAACGUCGAUAGCAAGAUACGGUCAAAGGUUCAGAAUCCAUAGGCGUCUUUACCAUCAAGUCUUUCGAUCUGAGGCAGCUUUAACUUACCGCCAAAGGCAACUACAAAAGACGCGAUUCUAUCGAAACAGUAUGUCAAGGACAUGCUGGACUUCCCAUACAACCACGUCCGCCACAACAUAG